GUGUGCGGCCCGCAGACAUCCUCGCGGGUGGAAGGUGAAGGGCAAAGCCCUCCGUAACUAUAGAAACCCGGGGGUUGAUGACAGAAAACGUGUUUUAAGUACUUUGGUUUCUAAGGCAUGAUCUGAGAUAGAUGGGGCUUAGUUUUUUAAAAACUGGAAUGUUGAAACUUGGACGUUGUCCCAGAACAUUCAUUGCUUGGCAAAUACAUUAUAGUAAAUUGAAUGUAUUUGGGGGACCAGUCAGACCAUUAAGGACUCAAAAAUCUGUUAAGAGUGGAUGCAGGCUUGGUUUCAGAAGAUCCUUUUCUAGCACGUCGAGGUUCAAAUGAUUUCAUUACAAGCUAGAUGGCUACGACAGGUUUUCUAUGAGGUGUUUUACCAUAAUAAUGCUGGGUAACCCAAAUCUGUUUCUGGAACCAUGAAAAUUUUGCUGGUUUUUGACUUUGACCAUACAAUCAUAGAUGACAAUAGUGACACCAGGAUUGUACAAUGUGCUCCAGAGAAAAAGCUUCCUAUCGAACUACAAGACUCUUAUGAAAAGGGAUUUUGGACAAAAUUUAUGGGCAGAGUCUUUAAGUAUUUGGGAGAUGAAGGUGUAACAGAAGAUGAAAUGAAAAGAGCAGUGACAUCAAUGCCUCUCACUCCAGGGAUGGUGGAACUUUUAAACUUUAUAAGAAAGAACAAGGAUAAAUUUGAGUGCAUUAUUAUUUCAGAUUCAAAUUCAGUCUUCAUAAAUUGGGUUUUAGAAGCUACCAAUUUUCGAGAUGUGUUUGAUAAAGUAUUUACAAAUCCAGCAGCUUUUGAUAGCAAUGGUCUUCUCACAGUGGAAAAUUAUCAUACUCAUUCUUGUAAUAGAUGCCCAAAAAAUCUUUGCAAAAAUGUAGUUUUGGUAGAAUUUGUAGAUAAACAGUUACAGCAGGGAGUGAAUUAUGCACGAAUUGUUUAUAUAGGUGAUGGUGGAAAUGACGUCUGUCCAGUAAUGUUUUUAAAGAAGAAUGAUGUUGCCAUGCCACGGAAAGGAUAUACUUUACAGAAAACUCUUUCCAGAAUGUCUCAAAAUCUUGAGCCUACAGAAUCUUCUGUUGUAGUUUGGUCUUCAGGUGUUGAAAUAAUUUCUCAUUUACUAUUUCUAAUAAAGGAGUAACAUGCCAACAACU